GGUCACGAAUAAUUUAAUAACAUAUUUCGGAUUUUUAAUUAUUUGGUGCAUAAUCGCGUAUUAUUAAUUUGGUGCAAAAAACAUGAAAUAAAAUGGAUAAGUCUAUGUUAAAUGAAGUAAAAGCCAUUCUUAAGUCUCUGGUACUUUCAAGUCCAGAAAAAAUAACUAUAGAGAAAUUGAAUCGUGAUUAUCGUGAUGUAGAGGGACAAUUUAUACCAUUUCGUCGGCUGGGCUAUGCAAAUUUAGAAGAAUUUUUGCGAUCCAUUCCGGAUACAUUAAGAGUGUUUGGAAGUGGUCCCACAGCCAUGGUGUGUUUUGUGGCCAAUGAAAAGUCUGAUCACAUCCAUGAUAUGAUUAUGAGACAAAAAAAAUCUAAACCAAAGGGUGCAAGACUAAGAUCUAAAAGUGUAACUGCAAGAAAUAAUGUGUCCCAACGAAAUAAUAGAUUUAACAACAAUAAUAACCAAGCGAAUAGAAAAGUUGGCCAACAAUUAUCACCCUUUCAAAGUGUUAAUCGUAAUCAUAUGACCAAGACCGUUCAAGUGAGGGAUGUACCACAAUUAGUCAAAAAAGCCAAUUAUGUACCACCACGACCUUUAGCCGAUCAAAUUUUGUACGCUUUACCACAACCAAGUGGUAUACUUUUGAAUACACAACAAAGUGGUAUAAUUCUGAAUACACAACAGAGUUUAUAUUACAAAUAUGGCCUAUUUAAUGAAAGAUAUGAAGAACAUGUUAAACAAGUAAGUAGUUUGUUUCAAAAACAAUGCUACGUUACAGCACCGCCACCACCUCUUCCCCGUCAACAAAUAAGAACUGUACAAUUUGCGUCCAAUACAUAUUCCAACAAUCAACCAGCAGCUGAAACUAAAAAAGAAUCUCCUACAAAAUCUGAUAAUAAAAAUGUAUGUAAUGAGAUAAAACUACCUGUAGCUGACAAACAAAUGACAAUUCAAUUGUCAGAGGAAGCAGAGUCUCUACUUGAUAUGCCCAAACUUACAAAACCUACAAAUCCCAUUAAGGUAUCUAGCGCAAGGGAUAGUAUUAAGGAAAUGCCAAAAGAGGACAAGCCUCCACUUAAUAAAACGGAAAAUGCAAUUGAAAUUAAACAGACUAAAAGAUUUUUUGAUGAUAGUGUUGACAGGGUUGAAGAUCCAGAUGAAGCUGUUCCCUCAUUUGCGGCUAAAAAUAAUGUUUUCCGUUUAGAUUUCCCCGAACACACUGUUCCCUAUGGCUGUAAAAUAGCUCCUUUUAAACUUUCCGAUGAUGUUACAGUUGGAUCGUGCAUUAAAAUCUUUAUAUCGGAGAUACACAAUCCAUUUAAAUUUUGGUUUCAUAUUCAUGAAGAUAACCAUGAACUGGAUUUGCUGAUGUAUCAAAUUGAACGUUAUUAUUCUCCACUUGAUGCCGAAGACCUGCGCAUUCCCAUGAUGUGUUUAACUCCGGGACAAGUAUGUGCCGCUUGUUACAAUGGCUUAUGGCAUCGUGCCGAAAUUGUGGCACCCCCUGUUAAUACUAACAUCAAAGUUUCCUUUAUGGAUUAUGGUACGGUGACUGAAGUGGAAAUAGUAAAUAUAAAAUUUUUACCAUCUUACUUUGCUCAAUUGCCGGCACAAGCGUUAAGAGGUUGCCUGUCUCACAUUAAACCACGUCAACUACAUUGGAGCCAUGAUGCCACAACAUAUUUUCUAACAUUAGUUGCGGAACUAAUGUUAUAUGCCAAAAUUGUCGAAAUCGAUAGAGAGAAAAACAUUUUACAUAUGAUUUUGUGCGACACUAAUGGUGACGAAGUAGUACAAAUUAAUAAAUCACUUGUAGAUAAUAGAUAUGCCCUAUAUAAUGAUGAAUGGAAACCGCAAAGAAUUAGCCAAAAUAAUGGCAAACGUAUACAUCAUCCCCGUGAAGAUUUUCCUACAUUUUCAAUGAUUGAAUCGGGAGAAUAUCCUAGUUUUACUGAAUUGAUCAACUUACAGCAGCGCGGCAUCGAUUAUGAGGCCAUUUAUGAUCGUAUUAUCUACAAUCAGUCGACUAUAUUAAAUAAACACGAAAAUGCUUCUGAACGUAUACGGAAUUUACCCUAUUUCCUAACGACUUCAAAUCCCUUCCGUUCCGAUAUUUUAUUGGAAUUGUGUGCCACAACAUCGAAAGCUAUAUAAACGAAAUAUGUGUGGGGUAUGUUAAAGACUUUUAAUUUUAAUUAUUUCUAUUAUUUCUAAUGUUAGUAUAAACUGUGACUAUACGAAAAGGUAUUAAUGAUCAUUGAUCAAUUUAAGUUGAACUUUUUUAUUUUCUUUUUUAAGAUUUAAGAAGAAUAUUUUAUUUUUUGUUUGUUUAUUCCCUAAAAUGUAAGUUUUUUUUUUUACUUUAUAAAUGGACGUAUGAAAAAUA